AUGGAGCCCGAGCGAUCUUAUGUAUCAAAGGUCGUGCUGAAGGUGGUCGUCAUUGGUGACUCGGGGGUGGGUAAGACCUCACUCAUGCAUCAAUAUGUGAACAAGCAGUUUGCCUACUCAUACAAAGCCACGAUUGGCGCCGAUUUCCUGAUGAAAGACGUGGUCGUAGACGACCAGGUCGUGACUUUGCAGAUAUGGGACACAGCGGGGCAAGAGCGGUUCUUCUCUCUCGGGGCGGGGUUCUAUCGUGGGGUGGAUGGGUGCGUGUUGGUCUACGACGUGACCAACCCAAAGUCGUUCGAGAACCUCACCAACUGGCGAAAAGAGCUGCUUCACAAGAUCGGUGGACCCAAGCUAGACAAGCUUCCACCAUUUGUAGUCAUAGGAAACAAAAUCGACUUGGCGGAGCAGCGUCUUGUGCCGGAGGCAAUGGCGAUAGCCUGGUGCCAGGCUCACGGCAGCGUCACGCACUACGAGGGGAGUGCCAAGGAUGCCAUCAACGUGGAGCAAGCCUUCAAAGCGCUUGUAAAGGAGGCACUCGCCAACAGCCAGUUUGAAACCAAGUGCGUGUUCCUCCCGUUUGCCACCUUGUAA